GCUGUCGUUUGUCUUGGGAGAAUGACUUGCCCGUGUGUGUGUGUGCUCUCUGGGGUGUGUGUGCUCGCCCUCCCCCUCUCCGUGGUCCUGAUGUGACCAGAGACGCAGGAGAGAAACCAGCCUCAGAUUGAUGCGCACCAGAGUGCGAGAGUGGCUGAGGAGCGGCGCUGGACGCAGACGCACACUUCUUUCUAAGGAAACCAGAGACAGAAGCCCAAGAUGUCAGGGGUCGCAGGCAACGCGGACUGCGAGGAGUGUUUGUCGCCUGCACACGUGACCAACAACACGGAGGUGAAUUCACAUUCCAAUCUGGACGAUGAUGAACUUCUGAGGUACAUCUGGAGAGAAUACUUGCACCCCAAGGAGUACGAGUGGGUGCUGAUCGUCGCCUAUAUAGUGGUCUUCUUCGUCUCACUCGUCGGAAACUCUCUCGUUUGCUUUGCAGUGUGGAAAAACCGCCACAUGAGAACUGUGACCAAUUAUUUCAUUGUGAACCUCUCUUUCGCCGAUAUCCUGGUGACCAUCAUCUGCCUCCCUGCCAGCCUCGUCGUCGACAUCACAGAGACGUGGUUCUUUGGAAAAACGUUGUGCAAAGUUGUGCCCUACUUGCAGACCAUCUCCGUGUCUGUGUCCGUCUUGACUCUGAGUUGCAUCGCCCAGGACCGCUGGUACGCCAUCUGCCAUCCGCUGAAAUUCAAAAGCACGGCCAAAAGGGCUCGCAAAAGCAUCGUCGUCAUCUGGGUGGUGUCCUGCGUCAUUAUGAUUCCUCAAGCCAUCGUGAUGGAGUGCAGCAGCCUGCUGCCCGAUCUCACCAACAAAACCAGCUUGUUCACUGUGUGUGAUGAGCACUGGGGAGCGGACAUUUACCCCAAAGUCUACCACACCUGCUUCUUUAUUGUGACCUACUUUGCUCCUCUAUGUCUGAUGGUUCUGGCCUACAUCCAGAUUUGUCAUAAACUCUGGUGCCAACAGAUACCUGGAAGCUCCUCUGUGAUGCAGAGGAAGUGGAGGUCCUUUCAGUGCUCAGCUCCGUCCCAGAGUUCGGGCGAGCCCACCAGGGUCAGAACCAGCACCGUGUGCGCUGAAGUGAAACAGGUCCGGGCGCGACGCAAGACGGCUCGCAUGCUAAUAGUGGUGCUCUUUGUUUUCGCACUGUGCUACCUCCCAAUCAGCGUGCUCAAUGUCAUGAAAAGAGUCUUUGGGACGUUUAAGAACACCAACGACAGAGAGACAGUGUACGCUUGGUUCACUUUCUCUCACUGGCUCAUCUACGCCAACAGUGCCGCAAACCCCAUUAUCUACAAUUUCCUCAGCGGGAAGUUCAGAGGGGAGUUCAAGGCCGCCUUCUCUUGCCACUGUUGGGGUCAAGACCAAGAUCGAACACAGAGGAUAAGAGCCAGAACGAGCACCGACAGCCGGAAAUCCCUCUCGACUCAAGUUCACACCAUGGACAAUGUGUCACGGAUUUCGGACCAGAUGCUGUAACCACUCGUUUUCUUUUUUUUCGGACUGUCUCAAGCACAGCAGGCAAGCUGAAAAAUACAUGGACUUUCUUUAAGAAUCCUGGUGAACCAGGCUGGUAUUAUUUUUCAAUCACAUUGUUGAAUGGAAUUUGGUGUUUUGAAUGUUAAACCCAAUUUGGGCAAAGAAAAGAUUUCUGAGCAUGAAGGCAAUGGACAGAAUUGACAGUAGCGGGAAAUGUGUUCUGUCAGACUUAGUGUGAAGAUGAUAGUAUUUUACAUGUGCAUGUACUCAUGUACUCUCCAGUGGAGUCUAAAGCUGACGUACUGAAAGCACGAGAUGCUGAGCUGCGAAUGUAUGACGAUCAAAGGUGGUUAGUUUCAGCUGGCUUUUGCUUAACAUCUUCUCUGUUAUGUUGUCUAUACAAACGAACACUUUAUAAUGAACUAUUCAGCACAGAUCUAAUGAUGAAGGCAGGAAACGCUAUACUCCACUCAGGGAUCCACCAAAAACAACUUCUCUAACCAGAAAUGGGAGUUUUCCUAUGAUGAUGUCUCGUAUCUGUUUAUGUAUUUAUUUUCCUUUCCUUCAACAUAAUUUCCUGCUGCUCGCUGCAACUGUUGAACUUGUUUUAUCAGUGAUGCUGGGCGCUUUCCUGCGAUGCUAUGAUGCUUUCAAUUCAGAACUGGACCUCUGAAGAAUAACUACUGUCUUAUUUGAACCAGAACAUAUUUGAAACUCAUCACUGAUUCAGAAUAUCCCAGACAAUUUGUUGUUAAUAGCUUUAAGACAUGGAAAAAAACAUAUCUGACUUUCUAAAUGUAACAGCUUCAAACUAUUGUGUUUUGAUCUCAGAUGGGAAACAAAAAAUCUUUGAACCAAAAGGAUGUGAUCGGCUUUCAAGUUGCAUGAAAAAUAUUCUUUUUUCUGUCGCUUCAGAGCUUCAAUACAUUGGUGUUAAUUUCAAUGUUUCAUCACAGCAAGUCUCACUCCAAGAGCUGAUGGCCUGUGGAUCAGCAUUCGUUUCUUUCCGAAAAUCUGCCUGAAGGGCCUGUUGAGUGUAAACAGUUGUGCGACACAAUCACUUUUUUUUUUUUUAAGAGUGAAAUUAGUUUCAUUUUCCAGAACGUCAUUGUCAUCUACAUGAACUUGUAGGAUGUACGUAAAUAAUAUCAAUGAAUUUUCGUUUGUCAAAAAGAUGAAGAUCUAUGAUUUAAAUUUGUAACAAGGAGUUUCCUGAAGAUCACAUGUCUAGGAAGCACGUUUUCAUUCUGUGACUUUCGCCUAAUGUCAUUGGAGCACAUUUAAAGAUGGCCCGUGACUGACAGAUGGUCUUCAAUGAGUUUUUUAGUUAGCCGUGCUCACGCUGCUGCAUUCAAGUGGUGGCAGCACAUGUGAGUUCCUGAGAAGCCUCUGGUGAGCGUAUUAUUACCUCUACUGUGGAAUGUACAACAACUUUGACUGGUUUGAUUGUCUGUACUCUGUAAAAUCUUUGUUUAGUUUUUUUCUUGUUUUUUUUUGGCAAAUUGUAUUGAAAUCUAAGUCUUAAUGUUUUAAGUUUAGUCACUAACUGGCAGGGAGAAAAACAUUCCCCUUGGCAAAAAAAAAAAACAAAAAUAAA